AUGGCGUCCGCAUUCAAAUCCCUGCUCUCCGGCGCAAAGAAGCUCGCCCUCGGCGACAAGCCUGAUCCGACGUCGCUUUUCCCAAAGACCGAUCCCCAAGUUGACGGCGACGCCUGCGAGCACGACUGCGAGAGCUGUCACGUCAAGUACCCCAAGGGCUUCAAGAUUGACGAGGACGAUGAGUUGUAUGGGCACAUCAAGGCUUGGAGCACCCACGCGCUUGUCGCGACGGGGAAGAGCGAUUGGGUCAGGGAUGUAGCGGACGAGAAGGGGAGUGUCAUGGAGGCUAUUGGCAAGGCUGCGGCGCCUAGUAAUGGGAAACUGAUGCUAUCUGCCUCAAACAUCCCUACACCCAACCACUCCUCCGACUACUCAGAACCAACGACCGUCCUCCUCCUCCCGGCCUUCGUCAUAAUCGACCACGUCACCCCCAACCGCGUAAAGGGCCUCAUAACCGAAUUCGUCGACAAGUCUCCGACAAACACGUCCCCCCUCGCCCCCCUCGCUCUUCCGACCACCGUCCCCGAAGCCACAAACGGCGCAACAGACACCGUCGCGAGCAUCCCCCCGCCAAUGUCCCGCCGUCCGUGCCCCCACAGCGCGCUGAUCCUGCUCUGCUCGCAAAAGACCCGCGACGCCCGCUGCGGCCAGUCCGCGCCUCUCCUGCGCAAGGAACUCGAGAGGCACCUCAGACCGCUCGGCCUCUUCCGCGACAUGGACGAUGAAAGGCCCGGCGGCGUGGGAAUCUACUUUAUUUCCCACGUCGGCGGUCACAAGUACAGCGCCAACGUGAUGGUUUACCGCCGUCCGGACGCCUUUGGCCUGGACAACGUGGAGAGGGCAAAGGUCGACGAGGCGGACCUUAAGCCCAAGGCCAGGACGGCGCUCCCGGAGACGGAGGACGUGGGUGCUGCGCAGUGUAUAUGGCUUGCGCGCAUCAUGCCCGAGGACUGCGAGAAUCUGGUGCGGUACACGAUUUUGCAGGGUAAAGUUGUGAAGCCUGAGAAGCAGUUGAGAGGUGGGUUCGAUCGUGCCAAGGGGUUGAUGAGUUGGUAG